AUGAGUGCUGCAGAAACCGGUGGAUUUGGAGUUGACUUCUCUUCUGAUCCAGACAAGUUAGAGGAAGGCUUGAAGACUGUGGCUAAGGGUCUGUUACAGCAUGGCGUGACAUCUUAUUGCCCCACAAUUGUCACAUCGUCACAAGAAAGUUAUAGCGAGAUUUCAAAGAAGAUAAAGCGAACCCCUGGUGGAGUUGAUGGAGCAGAAAUAUUAGGUUCCCAUUUAGAAGGGCCAUUUAUCAAUCCUGCGAUGAAGGGAGCUCACAAGGAUCAUCUGAUGCAGCAGAUUAGCACCAAGGGAGCUCAAGAAAUAGAAGAGUUCUAUGGUUCAUUGGAUCAUGUCAGUAUCAUAACUCUUGCUCCAGAACUGGCUGGAGAGAAUAUGGAGGCAAUAAGACAGUUGGUGAAAAGAAACAUUGUGGUUUCAAUAGGUCAUUCAGCAGCAAAUCUGUCAAUUGCGGAGAAAGCAGCAGCUAAUGGCGCCACAUUCAUCACCCAUCUCUUCAAUGCCAUGUUGCCAUUCCAUCAUAGGGAUCCUGGAAUUGUAGGUCUUCUAACAGACAAUGAGACUCCUAAACCCAUCUUCUAUGGACUGAUUGCUGAUGGAAUUCACACUCAUCCAACAGCUACAAGAAUAGCACACAGAUCACAUCCUCGUGGUAUGUGGGUCUUUUAUGGUUCCCCAGUGGAACCUGGCACUGGAGGUCCUCCUACCUAUGGAACAGACAGUGGUGCUCCUCCAUCUUACGAUGAAGCAACAGGUUGGAGCCUCUAA